UAACCCAUUAGAAAUCCAUAAAGUACUGGUUAGGGUUUUAGAUUUAACGUCCAACUAUUUAUACAUUUUUGCUUAGCUUUAGAGAGAGAGAGAGAGAGAGAGAGAGAGAGAGCGAGCUCGGCAGGAAAGGAGCGCCAUGGUGCACGUUAACUUCUACCGAAACUAUGGGAAGACAUUUAAGAAACCCCGUCGUCCCUAUGAGAAGGAGCGAUUGGAUGCUGAGCUGAAGCUUGUGGGAGAAUAUGGGCUUCGGUGCAAGAGAGAACUGUGGAGGGUUCAGUAUGCUCUGAGCCGUAUCCGUAAUGCCGCGAGAAUGCUUCUUACCCUUGAUGAAAAGAAUCAGCGUCGUAUCUUUGAGGGUGAAGCUCUUCUCCGAAGGAUGAACCGCUAUGGGCUUUUGGAUGAGUCUCAGAAUAAGCUCGAUUACGUCUUGGCCUUGACCGUAGAGAACUUUCUUGAGCGCCGUCUCCAGACACUUGUGUUCAAGACUGGUAUGGCAAAGUCUAUCCAUCAUGCCAGGGUGCUCAUCAGACAGAGGCAUAUCAGGGUUGGAAGGCAGGUUGUGAACAUCCCAUCUUUCAUGGUGAGACUAGACUCUCAGAAGCACAUUGAUUUCUCGCUUACAAGUCCAUUGGGAGGUGGACGACCCGGUAGGGUAAAGCGAAAGAACCAGAAGGCAGCUGCCAAGAAAGCCUCAGGUGGCGACGGAGAUGAAGAGGAUGAGGAAUGAGUGCUCACAUCAAACGCUGGUAGCAGUAAUAAUAGGGUUUGUGUCUUAUCCUGUGUACGCCAUCCUGCUUUAGGAUAGCUCUAUUACUGAACUUGUUUCGGGAUUUGGAUGAAGUUUUGCUUGCAGUUUGUUGUAUGCCAUGACAAUUAUUUUGCCAAAAAUUUUAUUUGAGAAAACGGGUUUGUUA